CUAGAAUUUACAAGAUCAGAGUUGUGAAAAAUGAUAUUAUAAUCUCAGUUACAAUAUAUUUCAAUCAAUAAGAUAAAAUUGUCAUCUCAGGUAGCAGGAUGGCCUGGCGAUUUAAGGCUUCAAAGUAUAAAAAUGCUGCCCCAAGGGUAGUUAAAAAAGAGGAAUGGAUUGGGGAUAUUUCCGCAGGUAAUCUUAUGCAGUGCUGUGGUAACCACAUUAAAGCUGGGUGCAUCUAUAUGACAUUUAAUGUUGAUUCAUCAGGGGGAGGUAACCUGGGCUUGUUGCCUGUAAGUAGCACAGGAAGGCUUGUGAAUGGUUUACCGUUGUUGCCAGCUCAUGGUGAUUUUGUGACAGACUUUGAGUUUUCUCCCUUUGAUGAUUAUCUCUUGGCCACAGGAUCGUCUGAUAACUCAGUUAAGGUAUGGCUAUUGCCAGAGGAAUCCAAACUUGAUGAGUUGUCUACCUUGAACCCUGUGGUGGUUGUGCCGAAACUGAAUCAUAAGAUAGAGAACAUCACUUGGAACCCAGUAGCAGAGGCUGUGUUGACUUUCACCAGUCAUGACUGCGUCUCUCUGUAUGAUGUCACAAAUCAGGAGGAAAAAAUUUCAAUCUCUGAUCACAAGGACCAGAUACAGAGCAUUAGCUGGCGAGGAAAUGGACAGGUGUUUGUGACGUCAUGCAAAGAUAAGCUCCUCAGAAUAAUUGACCCAAGGGCCAGUUCUGUUGUACAGGAAACUCAGGGUCAUGAUAAUAUAAGAGAUUCACGUGCUCUGUGGUUGGGUGAUAAAGACAUGAUAUGUACAACUGGUUUUAGCAGGUCCAGAGAGAGGGAGGUCAAGUUGUGGGACCUCAGAAAUUUCUCCUCUUCAGUCUCCACACUGGGCAUUGAUUCUUCUACUGGAACAUUGAUUCCAUUAUAUGAUGCUGAUACUGGUAUGGUCUUCUUAUCUGGAAAGGGUGACAGUAAUGUUAGAUAUUAUGAAAUAUCAGAAAAAAAUUCGUCCCUCACGGAAAACAAUGUGACCAGGACAGAGCAAGUGAAGGGUAUUGGCAUGGUGCCAAAGAGGGCGUUAAAUGUCAUGGAAGGGGAGGUUAAUCGGUUACUGAUACUGACCAAACAGGCUGUUAUUCCAGUGCCCUACAUUGUACCCAGAAAGAAUUAUCUGGAAUUCCAUGAUGACAUAUUUCCUGACACUCUUUCUGAUGAGCCUGGUUUGAAUGCAAGUGAAUGGUUCUCUGGUGCCAAUGGACAGAGGAAAUUAGUAAGUUUGAAUCCACAAAGAAAGGCAGCUGUAGGGAGUAGGAGGGGACUAGGAUUACAGCCUAGUCCUAUAAAGGAAGGAGUAGGAGGAGCUAGUGUAAAUAGAACCAACCAAUCAGGGGGGAGUACCAAAGUGUCAAACCCAAGUCACCAGACAGAAACUCCAAAGAAAAGUCCUACACAGGCAGACAACAUUCCAAAGACAAGUACUCAAGAACAGAGUCCCGUACACAAUCUCACAGAUGAAGAAAAAGCAGCAGACGUCAUAGGUGAUGACAUCACAGAUGAGGACAAAGUGGAAGCAGAACACAGGGAGGAUGUACAGAAAAAAGUCUCAGCCAAAAUUUUCUCAGGUGUGAGACAAUCCAAAUUCAAACACCUGAAAUGUAAGACCCUCCACCGCAGUACGCAUAUCGAGAACAUCAGGAAGCUGGACAGGACCGUCCCAGGGGAAAGUAAUUUCUUUGUCGCCAACAAAGCUCGGUGUGUUGUCCCAAUCGAGGGCUCAGGGGGACUCCUUUCGGUUUUUGAGCUGAAUAGUCCCGGGAAGCUCCCAGACACAGGCAUACCAGUCCUAGAGCACCAUACUAAGGUUACAGAUUAUGCCUGGGAUCCUUUCAAUGACAACAGACUUGUUGUAGCCUGUGAUGAUGCCAAGAUCUGGAUAUGGGAGAUUCCUAAGAAUGGAUUGACAGAGACCCUCACAACCCCUAAAGGAACUCUGCUGGGACAUAUGGAGAAGAUUUAUUUUGUGGUCUUUCAUCCCCUGGCCAGAGACAUUAUUGUUACAUCUGCGUAUGAUUUCACUGUGAGGAUCUGGGACUUGUCUGAAAUGAAGGAGGUCAUUCAGCUGAUGGAACAUCCAGAUCAGGUUUUCUGUGCAGCGUGGAGCCCAGAUGGAAAAUAUUUGUGUACAGUUUGCAAAGAUGGAAGAAUUAGAAUAUUUAAUCCUAGGAAAUCCCCAAAUCCAAUCAUGGAAGGGUCAGGACCAGAUGGGCCUCGAGGGGCCAGAGCAGUAUUUGUAUUAGAAGGAAACUACUUGUUUGUCAGUGGAUUUGACAAACAAAGUAGGCGGAUGAUAUUCCUGUAUGACACUGGUGACCUGAGCCAGCCUCUUUAUGAAGACUCAAUAGACGAGUCCCCAGCAAUCCUCAUACCAUACUAUGAUGAAGAUAGCAAUACUGUGUUUCUUUCUGGAAGGGGGAAUGGACAGUUAUAUGCAUAUGAAGUUGCAGCAGAGGAACCAUAUUUAUUCCCCUUGGCUACAACUAAGUUUCCAACUGCAAGCCAGGCAUUUGCCUUCCUUCCGAAAUAUCUGUGUGACGUAAAAAAUGUAGAAUUUGCCAAAGCUUACAGAUUAACCCAGACUACAGUAGAACCUGUGUCUUUCACUGUCCCUAGAGUGAGGUUGGAGUUUUUCCAAGAUGACCUUUUCCCAGAUACUAGGGUGACCUGGGAACCAACAAUGACCCAUAAGGAAUGGCUGGCAGGGAGUAAUCAACAACCCAGAACCAUAAGUCUGAAGCCCAAAGACAUGACACCAUUGAGCUUGGCACCAAAAGAAACACACAAAGUGAAGAAGUUUGACAGCUACAAUCCAGAGACAUAUAAAACAGAUGAACAAAAGAAGGAAGAGUUGCUGAGUGCUAUGACUAACAAGCUGAGUAAACAAGAGGACCCUCUCCCCCAGGACUUGGCAGAAGGUGUGGAUGAAGAUGAAUGGGAUGAUUGAAGAUAUAAUGCUGUGAAAAGACUGUGCAAUCUUAAGGGAGAUUCUUAAAAAAUGUAUUAAUCAUUCAUAGUAUUAACCACUAAUAUUUACAUUCCAUAAGUCAUAGUACAGUACAUGUAUUAAGAAAGACUUUCUGGAAUAUUUAUUUUGUGCCAAAGCAUGUCUGUAUUAAAAACUUGUAUAUGGUAAUUCAAUGUCUGUAGGAAAGAAUUAAUAAAUUAAACACUGUCAUGCUUUUUAUUUAAUAUUAAAUGAUAUCAAAGU